AUGAACCUUUCUCUUUCCUCCUCAACCGACACAGAUACUAUAUCUCCUUCGUAUCCUCCUCAAGCUGGUCAACCCCCUCAAACCUCUAAAGCCCCUCAAACCCCUCAAGCCUUUCAAGCUAGUCAACUUACUCAAGCCCCUCAAGCAAGUCAAGCCCCUCAAGCAAGUCAAGCCCCUCAAGCAAGUCAAGCCCCUCAAGCAAGUCAAGCGGGUCAAUUCACUAGAAAUCUAAAAACAAGAAAUCAUCCAGAUUCAAAUUUAGGUUAUUUAGAUUCUACCAAUUCCAUCCUCUCACUAAACUUCCUUAUCUCCUCUGAUACCUUUCCUUCGAACUCGUCUAUCCCUUCUUCUUCUUCUUCCCGUGUAACGAGUGAAUCAUCAGGGUUUUACGGAAAUACGAAAUCUAGGGUUGGUCUUGAUACAAGUAAGAGAAAGUCGGUAGAGAAGGAUAUUGAAUUCGAAGUGAGAUUACAACAAGAUUUAACUGCUUUGAGAAGUCGGAAAGGAGAUACUGGUGAUGUACUUUGGAGAAGUAGUUUUUACCUCUCCAAAUAUCUUUUAAACCAACUUCUUCACUCCCCUUCUUCUCCAUUCAUCGACCCUGUCAUCCUCUCUCAAUGUUCAGUAUUGGAAUUAGGUUCCGGUACUGGUUUAUUAUCUAUCUUAUUUUCCCCAUUUUGUCAUUAUUAUACAACUUCGGAUCAAUAUGAUAAUAUACGAUUGAUUCAACGUAAUUUAGAAUUAAAUUCUCAUAUUCCACAUGAAGAGAUAAACCGGGGGAAAGGGAACGGCGAAGGAAAUGUUAAAGUGGAAGAAAUUGAUUGGUUUCAAAGUUCGACUGAAUAUCAAAAAGGAAAACGAAGUGGGGAUGAAGAGAGAUACGAUUUGAUUUUACUUGUGGAUUGUAUUUAUAACGAAAAUCUGAUAAAACCUUUGAUUGAUACUUUGAGGUAUUAUACGAAAAAAGGGAAAACAAAAGUUUGGGUGAUUGUUGAAUUGAGAAGUUCAGAAGUUAUUUCUACGUUUUUAGAAAAUUGGUCAUCUUCUGAUGAUUGGAUGAUCAUACGUUUACCAUUUGAAUGUUUUGGAUCUUGGGAUGAUAAACGACCUAGAUGGGUGAGUUGGAUAGGAUGGUUAGUAUGA